AUGUUAUUAACAUCCUACCUCUUAAACCUAGCGAUUUGUUUAGGUUUGAGUUCAUUCAAAGCAGCUGAUUCCUAUUAUUACAAUCCGGGAUAUUACGAUAACGUUUGGAACACUUAUUCAUUUGCACAUCCUCCCAAAAUGACAGAAAAAACACCAAAGGAUUGGGUUACGGAACUUGUUAAGAAACACAAGGUCGUAGUCUUCUCAAAAUCGUUAGUUUAUUUUUUUUUAAUAAGACGUUUUAGAUACUGUCCUUAUUGCACAAGGGCUAAAAUGGCUCUAAAUUCACUUAAUCUGGAUGAUGUGCACGUCGAGGAAUUGGAUUCUCACCCACAAAUGGACCAAGUGCAGGACUAUUUGCAGGAACUAACUGGAGCGAGAAGCGUCCCACGAGUUUUCGUUAACGGAGCUUUUUACGGAGAUUCCUCAAAGACAGUAGCAGAUGUAGAAAAUGGAAGUUUUAUGACACAUUUUAAGAAAACCGAGCUUUAA